UAUUUGGGGGCGGGGAGGGGGAUGCAGAGGUCUUUAGGACCCAGCAGGCGGCGGCAGGCGGCAGUUGUGUAGAUCACUGAGAGACUACGAGGGUCCGGUUCAGUUUUAAUUCUGUCUCUAAUCUCUGCCACAGCGGCUCUUCCCGGGUCCCGUGGCUCCCGCGAGCGAUCUGCCGCGGCAGGCUGCCGGGCGAAAAUCAGAGCCGCCUCCGCCCCAUCACCCAUCAUGGAAACCCUCCAGGAAAAAGUGGCCCCGGACGCGCGAGCCUGAGGAUUCUGCACAAAAGAGGUGCCCAAAAUGAAGACCCUGAUGCGCCAUGGUCUGGCAGUGUGUUUAGCGCUCACCACCAUGUGCACCAGCUUGUUGCUCGUGUACAGCAGCCUCGGCGGCCAGAAGGAACGGCCCCCGCAGCAGCAGCAGCAACAGCAGCAGGCGUCGGCCACUGGCAGCUCGCAGCCGGCGGCGGAGAGCAGCCCCCAGCCGCGCCCCGGGUUUCCCGCGGGACCGCGGCCGCUGGACGGAUACCUCGGCGUGGCGGACCACAAGCCCCUGAAAAUGCACUGCAGGGACUGUGCCCUGGUGACCAGCUCAGGGCAUCUUCUGCACAGUCGGCAAGGCUCCCAGAUUGACCAGACAGAGUGUGUCAUCCGCAUGAAUGACGCCCCCACACGCAGCUAUGGGCGCGACGUGGGCAAUCGCACCAGCCUGAGGGUCAUCGCGCAUUCCAGCAUCCAGAGGAUCCUCCGCAACCGCCACGACCUGCUCAACGUAAGCCAGGGCACCGUGUUCAUCUUCUGGGGCCCCAGCAGCUACAUGCGGCGGGACGGCAAGGGGCAGGUCUACAACAACCUGCAGCUCCUGAGCCAGGUGCUGCCCCGGCUGAAGGCCUUCAUGAUUACUCGUCACAAGAUGCUGCAGUUCGAUGAGCUCUUCAAGCAGGAGACUGGCAAAGACAGGAAGAUAUCCAACACUUGGCUCAGCACUGGCUGGUUCACAAUGACAAUUGCACUGGAGCUCUGUGACAGGAUCAAUGUUUAUGGCAUGGUGCCCCCAGACUUCUGCAGGGAUCCCAAUCACCCUUCAGUACCUUAUCAUUAUUAUGAACCUUUUGGACCUGAUGAAUGUACGAUGUACCUCUCCCAUGAACGAGGACGCAAGGGCAGUCAUCACCGCUUUAUCACAGAGAAACGAGUCUUUAAGAACUGGGCCCGGACAUUCAAUAUUCACUUUUUUCAACCAGACUGGAAACCAGAAUCACUUGCUAUAAAUCAUCCGGAGAAUAAACCUGUGUUCUAAGGAAUGAACGUGCCAGACUAUAAUACCAGUAUUCACUGCAUCAAACCCUGAGACGCUGAACUUCCUGAGCCACGAGACAGGAAAGGGUAACAGAACUGGCAGCAGAAAACAGCUUCACUCCUCAGGAAGUACCAUGGACAGAUGCCUGCCAGAAGUAACAAAGCAGUGCGGUUGGAUUGCAAGGAAAAAUUCCAGAAGUAACGCAUCCUAAUGAGUGUUGUCCCUUUCCGUGGUGUUACCUUAGGAGCUGAACACUCAAUUCAGUUAUAGCACUAUGGCUAAAAACAUUUUGAAUUUCUUAGUAUUGCCUUUGAAACCGCAACGUAAGCAACUCAAUAAUAUUAGUUGCAUUCCUUUAUAGAAAUACCGUGUCGGCCGGGCGUGGUGGCUCACGUCUGUAAUCCAAGCACUUUGGA